AGCUUACCACCUUGCUUACGAACUGGCAUUCUGCUUGAUGUUCAAUAAAUCCUGGUACAGCUACGUCGAGACACAACGUUGUAACGAGCAAAGGGGUUGACACGACGGGAAAGAGAGAGAGAGCGUGAACACACGACACACACUAGUUCACGGAGAAGGGAGAAGAAACGGAAAAGAGUAGCACAAAAGCACGUAGUGUCACUCCACGAUACUACACGAACGCGCACUAUUUGUCAUGCGAAUCGGCGACCUGUUUCACGGCUGGCGUAGACAGACUCGUACACGACUCGACACGUCACUCGCGAAACCUCCCGGUGGCCCGUCGAAACGUGGUAAAACGAAACGGAUAUAAACACAGACCGCCACCACUCGGCCACGGGCAAUAUGGCGUCGCGCUUACUCUAGCAGCCGGAAAACUGACUAGCCGCGAGGAACGCCACCUCCGAUUGGUCGAUCGCACCAUGCGUGACGUCAGAUCUCCUUGUUACGCGCUCCCCUGUGAAACCAACCCCUUACGAACACACACGAAUACACACGAGAUAUACCUAUUCGACUUUUACGAUGUAUCGACAAAAUUUUGAAUGAUGCUUCACAAGAACACUUCUAUUAGAAUCAUGAAACGGAAAGAAUAUAACUUUUAGAUCGAUUUAAGAGACGCGUUACUUUAUUAUUGAUGAAAAUCAUAUUUGAAUAUCGACGGCAUGUUUCAAAUUAACUUUUGCGCACUUUCCUAAGCUCCCGUUAUGUGUCGCGAUCGGUCAAGAUUUUUAGCAGUGCCAUCUAAUGGCAAGAAUUAAAAUAUAGCUAGAUAUAGUGUUCAGGUCAUCAGGUGUAGUGUUAAAAAAUGUGGAAUUAUUAUUUAAAAUAUUUAUAACUGGAAUAAAAGAGAAAACUAUUUAUAAUACCUUUAAUAUUAACGAUCGAAGAGAUAAAAGUUUGUACAAGAAGCACUGAAGUACUGUAAAAUUUUUGUAUUGCGUUCUAUUUCUUGUUUUAAAUAAAAAAUUUUACCUUUGGAUAAAAUUUGCAUACAUAGAUUGUUCAAAUGAUUGUAAAUUAAGUACAUAUAAUAUUAUAGUUAUAGCUUUUAAUAUUCUAUUAGUAUAACAAAUCCCAUACGUAUAUACGUGUAGUUUUGAUUCUAAAAUAAGAUUUAGAAAAUUUUACAAUGGCACUCGUGCCUGGAAGGAAAGAUACUUUUAUAGAUCAAAAUGUAAAAGAUGGUUUAAAUUUAUCGCAAAUAGAAGCUAUCGAUGUUCAAAAGAAAUUAAUUAAUGAAUGGGAACCUAAAAGUGAAGUAAUGGCAUUACAAUAUGGAAGUUUCAUUAUAGGAACAACAAGUUCUAUGUCUGCACUAAUGAUUAACAGUAUAUUUAGACGUAAAUUGAAACUUCGUUCUGCUGGACAAUUUAUAACAUCAUUCGGUUUAAUGGUAGCAUCAGGAGGAAUGUCAUUAAUAGGGCACGAAUUAUUCAUUACAAAUGACAUAUUAUUAUACAAAAACCAAUGUCCAGUAUGUUAUGAAAUGAAAGCAAGUUUAUUCUUGAAUGGCACUGGAAUAUUGUAUCCUUUAUUGUUAUCACCAUCCCUAAAUCUUGCGAUUGCAGGAAGUGUGGGAUUAAGAACUCCACACAUAUUUGAAAUAAAACAGGUUGUUGGAUUUUGGUGGAAUGUUGUCAAACCUGCAAUUAACCAUAUCUCACUUGCAUUUUGUAUAAAUUCAGUUAUUGCUAGUUUAGUUGUUUAUAAACAAUAUGGACAAAUGAACAACAUAGCAAACAUUUUAAAACGAAUUGAAGAUAAACAAAGUGAAAACAGUUUAACAUAAAGGUACAUUUAAACAUCUUAAUGUAGUACAUUUUAUGUAUAUACAUUUAUAUAUGUAGUCUAAUACACAUUUGUACAUGUAUUGGUAUAUAAGGAAAAUAAAUGCUCUUACAUAAAAAAUGUAA